UCCAGGUGCCAGAGGAGAUUGGGUAUUUUUUCUGCGGUUGGUUCUGGGGUUGGGCGUCUGACUCAGAGUCUUGAGGUGCAAAGAACUAUCUGACCUGUGUAUCCUAGGGCCACAGUGAACUGAAACAUAUUCCCUGAACACACUUUGCACCAGACACACUUUUGAGUCUGGAGAGAACCAGCUCAGGAGCAAAGAGGGAAGAGAAGCUGAUUUAGUAACCGAAAUGGAUGCAAUUCUGAAUUACAGGUCAGAAGACACUGAAGAUUACUACAUGCUACUAGGAUGUGAUGAACUGUCUUCGGUUGAACAAAUCCUGGCAGAAUUUAAAGUCAGAGCUUUGGAAUGUCACCCUGACAAGCAUCCUGAAAACUCCAAAGCUGUGGAGACUUUUCAGAAACUGCAGAAGGCAAAGGAUAUUCUGACUAAUACAGAGAGUCGUGCCCGCUAUGACCACUGGCGGAGGAGCCAGAUAUCGAUGCCAUUUCAGCAGUGGGAAGCUUUGAGUGACUCGGUGAAAACGUCAAUGCACUGGGCUGUCAGAGGUAAAAAAGACCUGAUGCUGGAAGAAUCUGACCAGAGUCUUACCAAAACGAUUGAAAAUGAGGAAUGGAACAAGCAAAGAGAAAUCAAGAAAGAGGAGCUGGGCUCAACCACAGAGAAAAUGGAGCAAGAAGAAUCCAAGUCCUUGGAGAAGUCAUUCUCCCCACAAAAUCCUGAUUCUCCAAGUUUUUCAAAUGUGAACUCUUGGCACCUUCGUUUCCGCUGGUCUGGGGAUGCUCCCUCAGAACUCCUGAGGAAGUUCAGAAACUAUGAAAUAUGAAAAGUGCCUGCUCAAUAGGAGAGAGAGAGAAAGCAAGACCAUCUUCUGUGCUGCCAGCAAGUCUUUAAGUCUUAACAAUGUUAUAUUUCUCUGUCAUGUUUGUGUAUCAGUACCGAUUGAUUCCUCCAUCCUUGAACCCAUUCUAUCACAAUGUGUUUUAUGAAUGAGAAAAAUUUCAGACUAGUUUCUUUCAAUAUUUGAAUGAAUUAAGGCUCUUAGAUCCAAAGUAGCUUGUAUGGUAUGUGUUUUCCUAUUAGUGUUAUUUAUAGAAUUCCAUUAAAAAAAACUCUCUCUGUAUUUAAAUAAUUCUUAAAUAUACUGUAAUCUCUCA